AUGCCCAAGAAUGAGGACAAGCGAAUGACGUCGAACAAGAGCCCAGAGAUGAGCGAUCGCUUUGAUUCAGACGAUUCAGAUGACGGCGAUCUUAUUAUCAAGGUGAGGGAGAAGCUGAAAGAUCACCGCAAGAAGACUGCAGACGAUGCGUUCUUUGUCAGUCUGCUCAGCAAGUACAGCGUUGCAGCAUCUCCGUCUAACGAGAGCAAUCGCGACCUGCCAUUUUGGGGGCCAGGGAUCCACUUUUCGUUCAACCAGAUUAGUCGAGAACUUAGAGUAUCCGCUGUCCUUGACCCUCCCCAUGGACCAGGUCCCCGCAGCGGCAUAGUGAGAGGAGAUGUGGUCGUGAGGACCUCGAAGACGAAUGUGGAUUACUCUCAAGAGCCGAGGACGAUUUUUCAAGAAAUGCUGGGAGAGUAUGGGACCAAGAUCCUGGUCACAUUCGUCAGGACCAGCAACGUUUCGUACAAGUUUGACGUGCUCCUGACAAGGUCGUACUUCAACGACCAGAUAGUCUCCAGCUCCAUGUCAAACCACGGAGUGCUCACUAUUACGUUUGUCACCGGGAGGAAUUUUCAGUGGGAUGGGCCGUCAGCAUGCCGCGUCUGCGCGCUCGAUGGGGAGUGUCAGGACCCCCAGACGACGGAGUUUGCCAGCCAUGACGAGGAAGAAAACGCUCGGUGGAACAGCAACGUCUACGUUCCCAUCACAGACUUCAAGAGUCAGACCAUCACCAUCACCGUGUUCUCAAAGAGCAUCGUCAACAGCACGGCAACCUCAGACCAAGCUUCCCUCAAGCUUCGGGUCCCGACUCUCGUCUCAGGGUGGAACGAGACGACGGAUCACUGGUUCAACCUCUAUCGGCUGGGUCAGGGUACCGUAGUACCCAGCUUCUCAGGCUUUGCCGAUGAAGAGGGAGAGGAAAGUGUGCCGCAGGUAAGGCUGAAACUGAACUGGACUUCUGUAGCAAAUGUGGAAGACCUGAACCUGGCGAUUCACAACGCCAAGAUCAAGGAUAGGACGCGGCUGGAACGAGUGAGAACCUUGAGGGCUGCAGCUGCAGACUCGAGACGGCUGAUGGACAGCACCUUCCUGGGCUCGGUCGAUGGACUUGGGGAGGAGAUGGAGGUCAAUUUCACGAGCAUGCGACCAAUCUUCGUCUACUGCAGGCGAGCCAACGUGAAGCAGCUCGCGCAGCUCCUGCAUCAUGCCCCUUCUAGGAUCCUCCACAUGCGGGAUGAGGCGGGGCAUACCCCCCUGCACAUCGUCUGCAUGAACGAGGAUCGUGAAGCCCGCGCCAUGGCCAACCUUAUUCUCGAGAAGGACAAGAGCGUCGUGCUGCUCAAGGACAACCUGGGCCAGACCCCUCUGCAUCUUGCUUGUCAAAAUGUGGGGCCGGCGACGGAAAGAAGCUCCCAGCUCUCCGACACAGAAGCAGGAAAUGUCCUCCACCUUGUCCGGCUCAUCCUCAGUAUCAACCCAGAGGCUGUAGCAGUGGAGGACUGCGAUGGUCUUCUCCCCCUUGACUUUGCGGUUCACAACCCGCACAAGGAUGCGUACAAGGCUGUGGUGGAGUUGCUGUCCGCAAAGAAGGACCUGAGCUUUGCUGAGAUCCUAACGAUUGACCUUCACGCUGUCUGGAGCAAGAUGAGCUCCUGGAACAUCUCCACUCUCUUCGGGGGUUUCCAAUCCUCCCACCAGCACGCCCUCCUCUGCCACCAACUCCCCGACGGCGUCGAGAGCAUUGAGAAAGACUCUCGCUAUGGCAGGCUCGCGAAGUUCGACAGCUCCAACGUCUCGCUCUUCAACACUUCCACCCUCACCCUAGCCAUCUGCUUCAACGCCUUUGCUAGUCUCACGGUAGACAGGAAGUGCCGCUCGGUCCAGGGGCAGGUCAAGGACCUCCAGGAGGCGACGGAGACGACGGCCAAGGUCAUUCGCAUCGACCAUGACUUCAACAUCAGCGACCAGAAUCAAGCGGUAGCUCACGCCUUCAGCUCCGGCCUCCUCUCCGAGAACAUCUCGACCUCCGUCCUCCUCUCGCUCUCCAUGGCCUACCCCAUGCUCCUCCCCAGGAUUGACCAGCUCGGAGACGCGCAGACUCCCUCCUUCCACACGUGCGUGACGGACCAACUGGACAAGGACGUGAAGCGGAUGACGUACAAGGUCGCCGACGCCCUCGCAUCCUUCCAGCGCCUGCCCAUCCACAUCGCCUGCAGGAACCCCUCGAGCCACGUACACCGCGUCCUUCCCGUCCUGCUGGAGCACCAGCAGGACGGAGCCUCUGUGCCCAACUGGGACAGGCAGUUGGCACUGCACGACGCGUGCCAGAACGAGGUGGAGUCGGUGGUGGAAGGACGUCAGAGACUGCCUCCCCUCCACUUCGCCGCCGCAAACUCCAACCCCAAGGCCAAGGAGAUAGUGGCGAUGCUGCUGGAGCAGUACCCCGAGGGCAUCUACGUCACGGACGGGAUGAAGAUGCGUCCUAUCGACUACGCGCUGCGGAGCAAGAGCAAGAGCGCUGGCAAGGUCGUGAGCCUGCUGCUGGAGGCCGACACGGAGUCGAUGUGGAGGCUCAACAAGCACGGGCAGAGCAUCCUGCACCAGGCGAUCAUCAGCAUCUUUCUGUCCUCGACCAACACGCGCAUGCGGCUCUCGAGCGAGAACAGGUCGAAGAUGCUCGAGAUCUUCUUUGAGUACGACGAGGACUCGUCCGGUCGCCUCGAGCUCCCCGAGAUCAUCCAGGCGAUCCACCAGCUGGGCCAUGACGCGUCCGACGAGCAGAUCACGAGGAUGGUGCAGGAGGUCGACACAGACGGCAACCUGGAGCUGGACUUCCCAGAGUUCAUCAACCUUAUUGAAACUUAUUUCAUCUCCACUCAUUCCGACGACCCUCUCGAGGAUUCGGAGUUUCAGAUGGAGAAUUUGUUCAAGUUGACCGAGAGCAUCGGGAAUGUUUCUCAUCACAUUAGCGUCAUAGAGGCAAUUCUUCAUCACAGCGCCAAGAUCCCUUUCGAGCAACUCCCGGGCUUGAUCAAGCCCUACAAACUUGAGCCCAAGUGCAGCCCCCUCGCUGCCAUCCCCGACAAUUUUGGGAGGAUCCCUCUCUUCUAUGCUGCUAGCUCUAGAGCGUCGGAGUCAGAGAAAGUCGUCAAGCUUCUCAUCGAUCACUUUGCCGCUGGGCUUCUCUGGCAAGACAUCGGAGGAGACAGCUCUUUGCACUAUGCUGCUGCCGUUCAGAGCGUUCCUUCAGUCCGCACGAUCAUGCUCGCCAGCAGCACCAGGGGCGUCUCCCCUCAGCUCUGCCGCAAUGCACUGGGCAAGACGCCGCUAGAGCUGACCCACAGCCUUACCAUCCGCUCCCUUCUCACCAGAGACAGGAGCAGGUUCCUCGGGUCGAAGAGGAUGAAGCUGUUCCUGUCUACAACAGUCCUGUUCUUCGUUCUCACCCUCGUCCUCGCCAACAGCUACCUGCAGUACGGCGUCUUCUACCCUGUGACCUUUGCUGCCGUCCUCUACGGAGUAGGAGCCUUCUUGUCCGUCGUCUACUUCGUCUACCUGCACUCGGCCAACGAGGAGCUGAAGAGGAGCGAGGACAUCAUCGUGCUCUUCAAGCGCCUGGAGCUGUACAGCCUGAUGUUCCCUCUCCUCAUGCUCUCCGUGCUCGCCGCCAUCCACAUCGAGCACAAUCGAGGGCAGGUGAGCGAGUACUUCUGGUCACUCUUCCUCCUCCUCCUCUUCGUCGCGAGCUGCUCCGCCGUCUCCUUGGAGAUCUCCCUCCUGCACGCUAUUCCCAUCCCCAACUUCCUCCGCGUCCUCGAGGCUCUCAUCGUCUUCAUUCUCCGCUUCAUGGAGAUCUCUUCCCGCGUCACCAUUUUCGGCCUCGUCCUCUUCGAGUAUACCAUCUGCCCCUGCGGCUCCUCGAGCUACAAGUCGCUUCAGGACUGCUACUGCUACACUAACAUCCUGACCCCGCUGUUGCUGGUCUUCGAGGCUCUAUUGCAGAUGUACAUCUGGUUCGGAAUAGAGAACCCCUCCUCCAAGUACAAGAAGGACACCCUCCCUCCCUCCUCCUCCCGGGAGAUCCUCCGAGGUUUCUUAAAUCUCCUCAUCAUCCAGAAGGGCAGGCUCGUCGGCACCAACUUCUCCCGCUACUUCGGCUACAGCAGAAUCUCUUCCGCUGCCAUCGUCGGCGAGGUCCUGCUCCCAGACGUCAAGCUCAUCCUCAUCGUGCGCUCAAUCCUUCACUUCGGCCUCCUCCUCCUCCUCCGUGUCAGCGACGGGACCAAAGAGCUCAUGGUCGCUUCCAAAGUCCCCAACUUACAUCUAGAAGCGGAGAGGUCCAUCUUCGAGAUGUGCAUCUACUUCGUCGCCUUCAGCAGCGUUCUCCAGUGGAUCGUGCUGUUCGCACGCAUUUGGAUCUGGAACCGCAUCAUCUCAAGGACGAGGGUCCACGAGUCGCAGGAGAAGAGCGAAGACAAAGGCACAGCCUACGAUAACGCCAGUCUCAAGUCGCUCGUCAACCGAAGGGACCCGCGAUCCCUCAAGAUCAUCCGCAGCUUCCGGAAGGAAACGAUCAUGAAGAAGCGAGGCUCGAUCUCCAGAUUCAGCGACUACUCCUCCGUCAAUGGCAGCUGGUGUUCUGCCCGCAACGACUCGCUGCGCAAGAGCGAAAGCUCGUCCUUCUCCGACGGCCUCGAGUCUUACAACGUCUUGGUCGCCAUGAAGAAGCGCCACGGCAUUGAGGAGAAGAACAACCCUGUUCCAGGGAGGGACGCGGGUUCAGCUGAUGUAGAGCUGGACAACAAGGGACAGGAGGGGGGGACGAAGGCAGCGCUGAAGCUGAACGGACACAGGGAGGACGGGGAGAAGGAGCCGAGCAAGAGCGACGGCGAUGGCAAGAUACGGGAUGAGACGGAAGAGGAGGAGAUGGUGAAGGCGGGGAUGGAGGGGAUGGGAGAGGCAAGGAAAGUGCUGGGGCUGAACGUGGCAGGUGAAGACUUGGAACAGAACCUGAGCAACAACACCAGCUAUCAUGACGACGAGAUACAGCCGGCGGCAACACCAGCAGCAGCAGCGGCAGAGGAGGAGGAUGCAGAAGGGGAGGAGGAGAAACUCAUGCCGCCGGGGCUGAACGGACUCGAAGACUCUGAUGGAGUGAUUGGAAUUGGAUCCCGCAAGGAAGAGCCGGGCGAGGACAAGCCUGAGGCCCCUGCUGCUGCCCGUCAGCCGAGGGGCAGGCGAUCGGCCGUCCCAAAGAAGCGAGGAGAAAAGAGAUUGGGAAAUAGCGGCACUGCAAAUGAUGUUUUCCAUGGCGAGGCGACUGCCAUGAAGCUGAAUUCCGUGGAGGAGAGAGUAGGGAGGGGCAACGGAGUGCCUAAGAGGAAACAGGUAAGAAAGGCAGGCUCCUCCUCCGCUUUCUCUCCCCUUGAGCCGAACAGGAGCAAGCAGGAACCUCCUGCUCAAGACGACGAAGAAUCGAGCACGUUGCUCAAGACUGUGACGAGGGCAAAGCAUUCUCACAGCAGGCGAUCUAGAGGAAACAAGGUUGACCCCAAGGUCAUUCCCUUCAUCUCGCAGACGCCGUCGCUAAGGGUUCAGCGGAUCCUUCAUCCCGAUGUGACUGAGCUGGGAGACAGCCCGGCCUCCGGCCCAUCGACAUCUCGAGUCGUCGAAAGAAGAUCCAGCCUGUUAGGUGAAGCUGCAGGGACGAUGAACGGGACGGCGGAUCUAGUGUUGGCUGUGGUUGGGAACGGAGGCGCGAAGCUCAAAGCAUCUGCCGAUGGCAAGGAAAUCCUCCCUGACAGAGCAGGGAGUACCGCGCAAGGUCAUCGCAGUUUGACUCGAGACAUCAGCAGGAGGAGGAAGAAGCUGCUGGAAAUGUUCCCUGAGUCUUCCUUUGUGCGCUCCGUGGUCUCCAAAGGCAACAACCUUGACCCAAGCGUACCGAAGACCAAGUACUACAUGCUGGCAUGA